GUUUUGAUCACGUGACACAAAGAUGGCAGCCAGCGACAGGAGGGAAGUUGGGCAGGACAGUAUUCUGGAGCCGCUGUGUUUUCCAGAGCAGCACGCGGUGGACGCCCUGCAGCGUCUUCCCUCGGAGCCGCUGCUCUGCCUGUUCUGCUCCGAGUCCACCCCCCCGCUGCAGAAGGACCUGCUCCUCAAACACCUGCUGCUGCAGCACAAGCUCGUCAUCGCCGACGUCAAACUCAUCGCUGACCUCCCGAAGUACUUGUUCUACUGGAAAGGCAGAUUCCUGGAGCAGCCGACCACAGACUUCUGCAGCGUGAUCAAAACCAACUCCACCGGUCCAGUCGAGAAACAAGAGAACUACUUCCUGCUGUGUGACGUUCUUCCAGAAGACCGACUCCUCCGAGAGAGGCUCCAACAGAAACGACUGGAGGAGGUGCUGGAGCAGCAGCAGCAGGAGAGAGACGACGGCAGCUUCCAGCGUCUCUGCAUGUUCUGCAGCGACGAGUUCACUGGAAACAGGUCAUCUCUGCUGAACCACAUGGCCCGAGAACAUUCCUUCAGCAUCGGACUCCCGGACAACAUCGUGUUCUGCAACGAGUUCCUGGACACGCUGCAGAACAAACUGGACAAUCUGCAGUGUUUGUACUGUGAGAAGACGUUCAGAGAUAAAACCACAUUGAAAGAUCACAUGAGGAAGAAAGCUCAUCGCCGCAUCAACGCCAGCAACAGCCAGUACGACCGCUUCUACAUCAUCAACUACCUGGAGCUGGGGAAGACGUGGGAGGAGGUGCAGAGCGAGGACGACCGCGAACUGGUCGACAACGAUGAUGACGAUGAUUGGUCGGACUGGCAGGCUCACCCCCCGUCGGCUGUGUGUCUGUUCUGUGAUGAUCAGUCGGAGACGAUGGAGCAGAUCUACACACACAUGAAGGACUCACACGACUUCGAUCUUCACAAGCUGAGGACAGAACUCAACCUCAGGUUCUACCAGCAGGUCAAACUGGUGAACUUCAUCCGGAGGCAGAUCCACCAGAGCCGCUGCUACGGCUGCGAGGGGAAGUUCCUCUCCAGAGCCGACGUGCUGCGCCACAUCGCGGCUGCAGGUCACGUGAUGAAGCUGCCAGACGUGUCCACCUGGGACCAGCCGCAGUAUUACUUCCCCACGUAUGAGAACGACGCCCUCUUGUGUUCGUUAUCUGACAGUGACGAGGCUGAAAGUGAGGAGACGAGUCACGGCGAGGACGUCCCGGUGAUCGCAGAGGACGUGUCCAACCUCAGAGCCCUGAGACAGACCAGCGUCCUCAACCAGCUGCUGAAGAAGAGAAGCUAGGACGAGGGACAGGCAGCGGAGUGAAGACGUCUUCCUCUUUUCUUCUGGACUCUUCUUCACUCGCACUUUGUGAAAAGACAAACUGACCCGACGCAGCCGGAACGUGAACUUCAACACUUUACUUCACACAAAUGAACAUUCAGUCAAUAAAGAGGAUGAUCGUCAUCAGAAGAACUUUAUUACUCUCAGUACAAAUAAUACUGAGACCAGUGGAACCAGUAAGUUUGUCUGUUUACAAACGAGAAUUCAGAACCAAACUAAAAGAGAUGAAUAUGAUUCUGUGUAAUAAACCGUGAGGUUGAAACCUGGUCCAGAGUCAGUUUGAUGAACCUCUGAAAUAAAGAACAGAAAAACACAUGGAGUUCUGUUCUAUAUGUUUUCAAUAUAUUCAAUGAAAGGGACAUUUUAUUUUCAUAUUCCAUUUAAAGUCACGCAGCACAAAGUGAAGACAAAUCCUCCACGUUGAGUCAGAGAGGAGAACAACAGGAGGAUUUAGAUUUGUUCCACGUUGAAGAAAACGUUCAUAUAAUGAGAAUAAACCGCGGGAGGAGGAGUGGUUCUGUCUGGAGCUCUUCUCCUUCUGGACCGAAGAUCUUUCACAAUCUCAUCUCAAACUGCUUCUACUAAACAUAAAUAUCAUCUUCAUCUGAACUUCAGAGACUUUUCCCACAAAUCCUCUCGAACCUGAAACCGAGCAGAGGUUGAGGAAUGUGCAUCAACUGGAUGUGAUGGUGAAUGAAUGAAAUCCACUGAUUAAUAAUCAUAAUAAAUGUAUUGAUCUGCUGUCAGGCUGUUUAUAUUGAGACAUAUUUAUCAGAUGUAGAAUUUCAUUAUGAACACAAACUUUUCCUUAUUAGUGGGUUAGGGUUUGUAUGAAACGUCCUCGGGUCAGUUUUCUAUUAAAUAUGGUAAAAUGUUUAUGAAACAGUUUCCUCAGAGACUUAAAGAUGCUCUGCUCUUCAUCAACUCUUCUUCAUUCUGUAAAUGUCUCAUUCACUUUUCUUCUGCUGGUUUCCAUUAUGUCAAACUGGUGAUUUUGUUCUUUUACCUGCACCAAGGACGAGAUGUUUCCACCAGUUGGUUUGAAGAGGAAAGAAAAGCUGAGUCAUGAUUCCAGUGAAGUCGGUGGAAGGAUGUUUAUUGAGCAUUAAAGCAGAGACAAGUAGAAACAGAACUUUUCUCUCUGAGAUGUUUUUCUUCUCGUUACAUCUGGUUUGUCACAGAGGAAAUGAUCCAUGUGUUUGACUCAUAGACUGAAUAUAAAGGCUUUGACUGGGAUGUGCUGCUGUUAUACUGCAGCGCCACCUGUGGGUCAAAAGUAGAAAAGCCACCACCGCUCUGCACCUGAUGCAGAAAUGAAAACGUCCCAUUUUUAAGUCCAGAGUUUUGAUCUUUUGUGUCAAAGACAAAACU